GGAGGAAAGUGAUUGACACGGCGGCCAUUUUGCCGCUCUGCUCUGGCCAUUGUGUGAGAGAUAGUAAAUACUGACAGUACAGACAAGCACUACACAUUUUUCUCAGCGGAAAAGUGUUUAAAUUCUCCCAAGGUGAGCAGAAAAAGACAUGGCUCGUACCAAGCAGACCGCCCGUAAGUCUACUGGAGGCAAAGCCCCCCGUAAGCAGCUGGCCACCAAAGCUGCCCGCAAGAGUGCGCCAUCUACUGGUGGGGUAAAGAAGCCCCAUCGUUACAGGCCUGGAACUGUGGCUCUGCGUGAGAUCCGUCGGUACCAGAAGUCCACUGAGCUGCUGAUCCGCAAGCUGCCCUUCCAGCGCCUGGUGAGGGAGAUUGCUCAGGACUUCAAGACUGACCUCCGUUUCCAGAGCGCAGCCAUUGGAGCUCUGCAGGAGGCCAGUGAGGCAUACCUGGUGGGCCUGUUUGAGGACACCAACCUGUGUGCCAUCCACGCCAAGCGUGUCACCAUCAUGCCCAAAGACAUCCAGCUGGCUCGUCGUAUCCGUGGGGAGCGUGCUUAAAUGCACCCCCCACACCCACCUCCCCCCCCCCCCCCCCCAUGGCCAAUCCUCCUUCUCUUUCUUUUCCUCUUCACUGCCUCCCUCCUUCCUUCCUCACCCCUCCUCUGCCCUUAUCCCUUCUUCUUGGUAGAGUUUAGAGUAUCAGUGAUCAUGAUGAGAGGUUGUGUAUAAGUCCAGUCUCUUAGUCUCCGUCUGUGUCUGCCGCAGGCGGGUAGGGUACCUUUUAUGUGCAUGUAAAACAGGUGCUUCUGAUCAGGGACUCACCCCAGCAUGCAAGCACACACACAACACACACACACACACACACACACACAGACAAACAGGUAUGCAAGCACACACACAUACACACUCAAACAAGAGCACGCGCACACAAGCGAUUGGUGAGUAAACGAGGUUCUCAUUAACACAUCAUCACGUUUAUGUGCCAGAGAAGAGCUACCCUCGAAAGAUCACACACAGAAACACACACACACACACACACAGACACAUUAACACAUGCGUACACACACACCAGAGGGCCGAGUUGGGGUAAGGGCUGGGGCUAGUCUGCUAAAGGGGAGCGGUAACUUCCACAGCAGGGUGCUAAAUUACACUAGCCCCGUCCUCCACUCAGGGUCUCUCAUGGCUCAACCAUUCUUCUGGCUCAUCCUCUCUCACACACACACACACACACACACACAUGCACCAAGACAAGUAUCCACAACACUCAGAAUCCAUCCUUAUCGUCUUACCAUCCGACACUGGGCUAGACAACACUUGACUAGAGUUCUAUUCCUGUUGCUGUCAUGUCCUCCCCCUCAUCUCACACACACACACACACUGUGUGGAGGGACAGCUCUUCUCUCAUGGUGGUGGUGUUUGGUCCCUGAUCAGCUGUGCAUAUUUAGUAUUCAACUGCAGACCUGCAUCUAUUGGUUGAAAGUUGUUACUUAAAAUAUUGAUGAUUACUAUAAAUGUUGAUAUGGUGUCUUUUUUUUCUCUUUUUUAUUAUGAUGCAUUGCUUACACUUUUCUUUUUACCACUGUUAGCAGAAGAGCGUGAUAAAUCACAUAUAUAAUGUUUUUUUUUUUAUUACUAUUAAAAUUAUUUUCUGUUAAGUAGCAGCCGAUCUUAUUUCCCCCCUGUUUUACACUCUGGCAGCCACAGGGGGGCGCUAUAACCCAGCAUCUCAUUCACUGUGUCACUGGUAAUCAGUCAUUAAUACUCUUGCUCCCUUCCCCUCACACACCUCUAUUUCAGAUCGGCAUUAGGUUUCACAAAAGUGUAGCAAAAAAAAGUUAUGCUUACAUUUAGUCUCUACAUCCACUCUAUAUGUAGAUUUGAUUGUAGACUCCUGUUUUGUCAUACUUGCGAUACACAAUAUAACCUCAUGUUGUAAUUUCAUUCUUUUUUUGUUUCGGUUUUCGGUAUUUUCAGAAGUUUAAAUAAGCUGAUCUUUGUAUUUUCCAAAUUUCUCAUACUAUGGUGGUAAUAAAUAGAUGUUACACAAAA